CGAAGGUUCUCUCGUGUGAGAUCGCAAGACCAUGGUCAUCGCUGUGGACGUCGUCUCAACGUUAUCGUUCUUUCUGCUGUGUAUAUUGAACGACAGUUCCGUAUCAGCGGAUCGAAAUCGUUGGCUGGAUGAGCCCGAGGAGAAACAACAACGAAUAGUGUACCAGUCGCUCUCGCCGCGAUCAUCGACGAUCGUUACGACAACGAGUGUACUACGCUCCCUGGUGCCGAGGGUCAGCGAUCGACGGCAACAUCACCACCACCGAGAUCAAGAGCUUCAAGGUGGACCUGGACAUCAACGUCACGUCGAACUUGUGACCUGAAAUCUUGGCCGCCUCGUCACCCAGCGGCCGAUCGAUUCGAUUGAACGGUCAAUACAAAUGGUACAUGCGGCUAGAAGAUGUGCACGUUCCCUGGUUGCGCGAAUCGAUCGAGGCAGCGAUCGAUUGGUGACACGCGAGAGGCGCUUCGUGGUUCGCCGGCCCGUUCAGAAUGUCAGAAUGGCGCGUUCGUGUCGGCAGUGGUAACAACGAUAGAUUGGAUUACGACAUGCGAACGACCACCCACCCGUAUUCUGUGCAUGCCGUCGCAUUGAACGAAUUGGCCAAUUAUUUUGGUUUCCACGACGACACGAGCCGCGAUGACGAAGAAUAUUACGAGUAUCCACCCUCAUCGGUCGACGCCAUCGACGAUAAGGUGGGCGUUCCUUCGUUCACGCACCUGAGCGCGAAAACUCGCGUUCUGUUGGACGAAGUGUUCGGUCGCGUGAACGCGUGGCGAAUCGUGCAGCACCUCACGUCGCAAUUAUUGGCCAUGCGCGAGCGUUCACCGCACGUUCAAUGUCGUUUGGUGAAUAAAUUAUUGUUCGAAAUUUCACGAUGGCGAUUAUUCACCGAUAGUUUUCCGCAGAAAUUAAUGAUGCUCGAUCAGGUCGUUUGAUGUAUACAAUUGUUAAUGAACAACGAAAAAAA